UUAUUCUUGCAAACCGAAAGUUAAACUCAAAUGGUCGUUGUCGACUCGGGUACCACUUGAAGUAUGCUACAAUGUACCCAAGUGAUUCUGAAGACCCAAUAUGAUGGGUGUCAAAGAUGGUGCUGAGAAUAAAAGAACAGGAAAGCAGUUGACGACAAUGCCCCUAGAUCCACCAGACAUUGUUCCACGUCUGGAGUCAGAGCUGGAAAGAUUCCUCACUGAUCUAGAAGCGAUUCCUAUUCAUGAUAUUGAUAGAGCUCAAAGAUUUGUCCCUCGUGUGCCUGAACCAUUAAACUUACUGCACACUGACCUUUGUCCUGUACAGACCACAAUCCAGGUGGAACGUAACCCCACUACAGGUCACCUUGUGGGCUUUAAAGAGGCCUACCUGUCAGAGACAGGAAAAACAGCCAGAAACUCGUUAUCUCUGAAGAGAGCCCCGGAUGCCACGUAUGACAGUGUGAAGGGAAACACCCUUAACUUCCCUUUCUGGCCAGGUGGUCAGGAUGAACCUAGUGUGGAUGAUCUUCUAAAAACAACUUCCAGUGAACAAAUAGACUUUGAAAACAAUCUACUGACAGUUGCUCCAGGACUUACAGAAGGCAUGACCUUUAAGUCAGCGACCUUGAAAACUGACCAAUCCAGUGGCAGCAAGCCAGAGGUCAUGACCUUUACCGACAUUAUGACCUUGAAUGAUGACCUUGAUGACCUAUAUCUAGAGGAUGCUGAAGGGGUUGACGUGAACAAUGCUACUAGGAACGAAGAUGUGGGUUUCGAUGUAAACAAUGCUGCACAGAUACCAAAUCUACAAAGAAGCCAGAGUUUAGAGAAACUGGUUGAAGUAGACCUGAGCAAGACACCUCAAGACACCAAAGACACUGCUGUAAAGGCAGAAGACAAGGAGGAAUGGGCUGUCAUGGUGGACGUUGACGCCCCUGUCGAUGAUUUCUACAAGAGAGUGCCCGAUAUGGCCCACAAGUGGCCAUUUGAACCCGACGUCUUUCAGAAGCAAGCUAUUCUCCGUCUUGAAAAUCACGAAAGCGUUUUUGUUGCGGCACACACAUCGGCUGGGAAAACCGUGGUGGCGGAAUAUGCCAUUGCCUUGUCUCUGAAGCACAUGACCCGGACUGUCUACACAUCGCCAAUCAAGGCAUUGUCCAAUCAGAAAUACAGAGAUUUCAAGAUCACAUUUGAAGAUGUAGGAUUAAUCACUGGUGAUGUUCAGAUUAACCAGACGGCCUCCUGUCUUAUAAUGACCACAGAAAUUUUGAGAUCUAUGCUGUACAAUGGAUCUGAUGUGAUCCGUGAUCUGGAGUGGGUCAUUUUUGAUGAGGUGCACUAUAUCAAUGAUGCUGAGCGAGGUGUGGUAUGGGAGGAAGUGCUGAUCAUGCUACCCCAGCAUGUCAACAUAAUCCUGCUCAGUGCCACUGUACCCAACACAAUGGAGUUUGCAUCAUGGAUAGGUCGCACAAAGAAGAAGAAAAUCUACGUGAUCAGCACAACUAAAAGACCAGUUCCCCUUGAGCAUUACUUGUACACCGGCAAUAGCAACAAGACCAGCAAUGAACUCUUCAAGAUACUGGAUGCCAAAGGAAGCUUUAAUACAGUCGGUUAUAAUAAAGCACUUGAGGCCAAGAAAGAAAGGGCUACCAAAAGUUCACAGAGUACUGGGACCAAAGGAGUUAGGGGAGGUCAUCCCAACCAGGAUAAGAAUGUAUGGCUGUCAGUCAUCGACAUGUUAAGAAAGCAGGACAAGCUGCCCGUGGUGGCGUUCACUUUCUCAAAGAAGAGAAUUGAGGAGAAUUGCCAGAACCUGCAGAGCGUAGACCUGACCACGGCCAAGGAGAAAAGUGAAAUUCACCUCUUCUUCCACAACUCCAUACGCAGACUUAAAGGCGCAGAUCAGAAGCUUCCACAGGUGCUGCAGAUUGAGGGUACACUGAAGCGAGGAAUAGGCAUGCAUCAUAGUGGGAUAUUGCCUAUUCUCAAGGAAGUUGUCGAGCUUCUGUUCCAGAAAGGUCUUGUUAAGGUGUUGUUUGCCACGGAGACAUUUGCAAUGGGAGUCAACAUGCCUGCUCGCACUGUGGUGUUUGACACGAUCAGGAAGCAUGAUGGGGCACAUUUUAGGGACCUGAGGUCUGGAGAGUAUACACAGAUGGCAGGACGGGCGGGCAGACGAGGCUUGGACCCCACGGGAACUGUGAUCAUUCUGUGUAAGGGCGACGUGCCGGAACAGUCGGAUCUGCACAAGAUGAUGCUGGGCAAGCCUACCAAGCUGGAGUCUCGUUUCCGUCUGACCUACUCCAUGAUUCUGAACCUUCUCCGUGUGGAGCAACUUCGUGUGGAGGACAUGAUGAAACGCAGCUUCUCUGAGUUCCACAGCCAGAAGGAUGUUGCUCGUAGGAAGGAGGACCUCGAACAUCUUCACAAGAAGGUGCUCCAGAUUGAAGACAUUGAGUGUUUCAUGUGCUCCACUGACCUGGAGCCAUAUUGGGAGGCAUGCAGGGACUACCAUGAGCUACACAGGAGUCUUCAGGGCAUUAUUCUCACUCAUCCAGCAGCUGUGAAGGCUCUGACACCAGGUCGCGUUGUCAUAGUAACCACACAACCCAGAAAACAUGUACUUGGGGUUGUACUUAAAACCUCCACCACUGGCUCAAUCAAUGAAAAACUGUUCACUGUUUUAGUUAUCUGUGAUAAAAAAAGCCAUGAUUCCAUGUCUAAAAAUAGCUCAGCAGAAGGAAGUGCUAUUAAUAGUGACAGUUCUAAAAAUAGUGACCAAUCAGGGUCUGCAGAAUUGGUGAUGCCCGUGGAGAAGAUUCAGCUUUUCCAGCCUGAAGGGGCCUGCUGGCAUGAAGUGGUGCAGUGCAGAUCGGAAAAUAUAAUUGUGAUAACCACGAAGACGAUUAAAGUGGAUGCUGAUAAGAUUUUUAACGAUAUAAAGAAACGAGAACAACCCAGAUUUAGAGAUGACCCGCCCGCUCAGUCCGUUACUAUGACUACACAGGAACUGCUACGCAUCACAGAGGCUAACCUCGAAGGCCUUCCAGGCCUUGACCCUGUUAAGGACCUUCACAUUCGGGAAAUUGACCUUGUGGAGAAGUUCCGUGCCCUUGAGCUGAUGAAGGUCAAGUUUGAAAAAUACAACUGCGUAAAUUGUCCACGCUUCAGUGAACAUUUUGAUGCCAUCAGCAGUAACAUGAAGCUCAAGGAAGAUUAUCGAAGGCUGCAAUUCCUCUUGUCUGAUGCAAGCUUGAUGCUACUGCCAGAGUAUCAGCAGAGAAUUGAGGUUUUAAAAGCCCUCAACUACAUUGACCAGCACAAUGCCGUGCAGCUAAAAGGCAGAGUGGCGUGCGAGAUCUCCACCCAUGAGCUCAUGAUCACAGAGCUCGUGUUUGAAAACGCGCUCACUGACCUUCACCCCACAGAGAUCGCUGCACUUCUGUCCUCCAUGGUCUUUGAACAGAAGAACGCCAGCGAACCGAAGUUGAUUGAUACUUUAGAAAAGGGCAUGAACCGCAUACUGGAAAAGGCGAAGCAGAUCAGUGACCUGCAGAGGAAGGAGGGCAUGCAGGUCGAGUCCGAGUACCAGGAGACGUUCAAGUUUGGUCUUAUGGAGGUCGUCUUUGAGUGGGCUCGAGAACUGCCAUUUUCUGAGAUCACUAACUUGACGGAUGUCCAGGAGGGGAUCAUCGUGCGGUGCAUUCAGCGGCUCCACGAGACUCUCCGUGACGUACGCAACGCCUCAAGGAUCAUUGGGGAUCCUGUCCUGUACCAGAAAAUGGAGGAGGCCUCGAGGAUGAUUAAAAGGGACAUCGUUUUUGCUGCGUCACUGUACACGCAAUAGAUUGAAUAUAUCAGAAUACCCCCCUCUGUUAGCUAUAUAUUAAUGAGGCUCAAUUGGUCAUUGUCGGCUCGGGUACUACUUACAUGUACCCUGGGUACUCUUGAGUAUGCUUACAUGUACCCCGGGUACGGUAAAUAUACUUGAACGUAUCCAGUCGAUAUUAGACUGUACCCGAGGUGUAUUCGAGCCCAAAAUCCGAUGUCACAAAACGUGCUACUGAUUACCGUAAAACGAUAUUGUUUAUCUUAAACAUACUUCUCUUUUUUAAAAACUGCUUCAACAUGCUUUUGAACAUGAGUUUCGAUAUAAAGAGGGUAUUGACAUAAAUUUGAACAUAAUUUAUUUUUUUAAAUAGCCGACAACGACCGAUUUAGUAUAUUUACUGUACCCGAGGUACAUGUACGUAUACUUAAGAGUACCUGGGGUACAUGUAAGUAGUACCUGAGCUGACAAUGACCAAUUAAGCUUUAAUAAGCUGCGGAGUGCACUCUAGGAGAUCAGGGAUCAAUGAAAAUGCCUAAAUGGUUGUCCCUGAUUAGUCUGUGAGCCCACACUGGCUAAUUAAGGACGACACAUUCCGCUUGUAUGGAUUGUUUUGUUUAAAGCAAGUCUCUUCUUUGCGAAUCUUAAUUGGUGAGGACUGCACCGGCUAAUCUGGGACGACACUAGCCUGUGAGGACUGCACCGGCUAAUCUGGGACGACACUAGCCUGUGAGGACUGCACCAGCUAAUCUGGGACGACACUAGCCUGUGAGGACUGCACCGGCUAAUCUGGGACGACACUAGCCUGUGAGGACUGCACCGGCUAAUCUGGGACGACACUAGCCUGUGAGGACUGCACCGGCUAAUCUGGGACGACACUAGCCUGUGAGGACUGCACCAGCUAAUCUGGGACGACACUAGCCUGUGAGGACUGCACCGGCUAAUCUGGGACGACACUUGACACACGUGCACUAAAUGCUGUGUUCCCAGAGAAAGACUCAUGUAUGUUAGACAAAUCGCAUCAUGAUUAUCAUGGGGAUCCCACGCUGUGCCAGAUGAUGGAGGAGUUCUUCAGAUUAAAAGGGACAUCUUGUUUUCAGCUUCACUUUACACACAAUAGAUUGUGAAUCUCUAUUAUAUAUCAGUUUAUAUAAUUCCAUUGAUGGCCAAAACAGUAUGCAACAUUUGAUUCUUAGAAGGGUGAAGGGUCCCAUAAGUUUUCAGUAGCCCAAUUAUAGACUGAUGAAAUGCAAUUGAUUUAUUUGUGCUUUCGUGUUGUUUAUUACUUGCCAAUAAGGUGUACAUCCUGGUAAAGCUUAAGAUUCGAUUUUGUCCUUUUUAAAAACACAUUUUGAUAAUAAGAGCAUGUUAAUUCUAUUUCAUACUUUACACAUUUUAACUACAUUCUAUGGAUAACCUUGCUAAGCUUAGUAAAAGAUUUGAGGACUACGUUUCAGUAUAUUUUCUGUAUCGGGGGUACAUUUCAGUGUACUUAAGAGUACCACUGGUACAUUUAAGUAGUACCCGAGCUGACAAUGACCAAUCGAGCCUAAGUAAGAUAAACUUACUAUAUUGAAUGAAAUUCAUUUAUAUCGUCCAUGUGACUAUGCACAUUUUUGUUCUAUAUGACUACAAUUAGAAGAGAUUAGCUAUAGCCAUGCUUUUGCACGCGACACAUCGUUUUGAUGUGAUGAAUACUCUUAAAUAAGCGGACAGACUAAACACAAUAAUGCAAUAUUUUUAUGUAAGUCUACCUUGUUUCACGACAUAAUAAGCCCCAUAUAAAUAUAGCAAUCAAUUACUGUUAAACAUGUCAUUUAUUAAAUUUGUGUUGUCCUAUGGACUUAAAAAAAAAUUAUGAUGAAUUUACCUGUAUGUAUUUACAAAGGUUGAAAUGGUGUAUGUUUAGUAAUGGAUAUUUUGCUUUGCUCUACACUGUGGACUUUCUGUUUUUUGCUAGCUUUGGUCCAUAAAGGUGUUAUUUGUUGCAUGAUUUUAAUGACUUAACCCAUUUAUGCCUAGCAUCUAGAAAAAAGGCCUUGGCAAACAGCGUAGACCCUGAUAAGACGCCGCAUGAUGAGGCGUCUCAUCAGGGUCUGCGCUAUUUGCUUUAAGGAAUUUCUGUAAGAAAUAUUCUAAAUAUAGAAAUAAAUAUACUAGAAAUCCCUAAUUUUGGCAAUAAAUUCAUCAAAUUAAGAAGGAUGGGAGAGUCCAUUAGGCAUAAAUGGGUUAAUGUGUUCAAUCAAAGGGAAGUAUUCUACACUGUGGAAUUUCUGUUUUUUGCUUGCUUUGGUCCAUAAAGGUCUUAUUUGUUGAACGAAUUUAAUAAAUUAAUGUGUUCAAUAAAAGGGAAGUAUAACACUG